ACCAUCUUUGCUGAGCAUAUCAGCAAAAGGAGCUUCUAUAAGAAUUGGCAUGAAUCUAAGAAGAAGGCCUUCACUAAAUACUGCAAGAAGUGGCAGGACAUAGAUGGCAAUAAGCAACUUGGGAGGGACUUCAGUAGCAUGAAGAAGUAUUGCCAGGUCAUCCAUGUUAUCAACCUCACCCAGAUGCUCCUGCUUCCUCUGUGCCAGAAGGAGGCCCACCUCAUGGAGAUUCAGGCGAAUGAAGGCACUGUGGCUGAAAAACUGGACUGGGCCCAUGAGAGGCUAGAGCAGCAGGUCCCUGUGAACCAAGUGUUUGGCCAGGAUGAGAUGAUUGAGGUCAUUGGGGUGACCAAGGGAAAAGACUACAAAGGGGUCACCAGCCAUCAGCACACUAAGAAGUUGCCGCAUAAGGAAGGAUACCAUCACCACACUGAGAUCAACAAGAAGAUCUACAAGAUUGGCCAGGGCUACCUCAUCAAGGAUAGCAAAGUGAUCAAGAAAAAUGCCUCUACUGAUUAUGAUCUGUCUGACAAGGGCAUCAACCCUCUAAGUGGCUUCAUCCACCACGGUGAAGUGACCGAUGACUUUGUCAUGCUCAAAGGCUGUGUGGUGGGAACCAAGUAG